AUGGCUACCGAAGAAAACGUGCUGAAACAGUUUUUAUCAAAAUACCAACAUCGUGACUAUACCACGAAAGAAGUCAUUGGUCUUAUACAAGUGUAUCGAAGUUUAACUUUUCGCUUGGAAGCUUUUGUAUUUAAUAAUGGAACACGGAAGGAUUUACUCAAUCUAGAAGGUACUAUCCCAGUGAAUUAUAAAGGCGCUUAUUACAAUAUACCUGUGUGUAUUUGGCUUAUGGAUACGCAUCCACAAAACGCUCCAUUGUGCUUUGUGAAACCUACUCCUGAUAUGUCAAUAAAAGUAUCAAAAUACGUAGAUAGCAACGGAAAAGUGUAUCUCCCUUAUUUACACGAAUGGAACGGCAAUAAUUCAAAAUUGCAGAAACUUGUUCAGAGGAUGAUUACCGCAUUUGGUGAGCUACCUCCUGUUUAUUCUAAACCACGGAAUGAAGUACGUCAACCAUAUCCAAUGGAAGCAUUCAUGCCCCAACCAUCGGGAUAUCCAUUCCCAGAUUCAAGGCUCCCUGGACAACCACCAUUUCCCCCUACUUUUCAUUCGUCCCCUUCUUUUCCUUUAGGUGGAAACUUGCCAUAUCCAAACUAUGGGACUCCAUAUCCCGGUCCUGCUAGUACUAAUGGUACACCAUAUCCUGCUAAUCCUACACCAUAUCCACCCUCUACUAGCUAUGGUCCAAGCCCAGAUGUUGCUGGUGGUACUAUUACAGAAGAGCACAUUAGGGCAUCACUCUUAUCAGCUGUUGAAGAUAAAUUGAGGAGGAGACUCAAAGAACAAUCCCAGCAAUCACAAGCUGAACUUGAAACAUUACGUCGUACACAACACGAGCUUCGAGAAGGAAAAACAAGGCUGGAGGAUAUUUUAGCUAGGCUGCAAAGAGAGAGGACAGACUUAGACAAAAAUGUAGCAAUAUUACAUGAAAAAGAGAAGGAAUUACAAUCAGCUGUUGAGCGACUAGGUGAACAAGAAGGUAUUGAUGUUGAUGAAGCUGUUGUCACUACAGCUCCAUUAUAUUCUCAACUCUUAAAUGCUUUCGCCGAGGAGGCCACACUAGAGGAUGCUAUUUAUUACAUGGGAGAAGCUUUACGCAAAGAGGUUAUUGAUUUAGAUACUUUUUUGAAACAGGUACGUACAUUAGCUCGCAGGCAAUUUACCCUAAGGGCAUUGAUGCACAAAUGCAGGCAAAAAGCACAAUUGGCCUGUUAA